AUGGAGCAAGUUUUACAGCUUAGAGACGACUUAAAAAACAUGCUAAAAGAAAAUUUAUUGAGCGCUGAAGAGCUUAGAAGCCAAUACAAAAGCUUCGCUGACGAAUACAUGCAUAAACCUCGUUCAUUUAGCCCCCAGAGAAUAAUGAAUUUCAUCCAGUCGAGUUUCGAAAGUUGGGAUAAGCUCGUUCUUUUUUGAAAACUUAAUUUAAAGCUUAAAACGAGAGAAUUUCAGCUGGAGAAAGAAGAUUUGGAAUCAAGGCUUUCAGAUAAAACAGCUCUCGGUAAUAUGGCUGAGGGGCUAAAGUUGGACAACCAUAUAAGGGAAACUUUCGCACUAACUACAGAAUUCGAUCAACUUAAAAUUGUCGUAUUAGAUCUCCAAAGCCAACUCAAUAUAAUGAAUGAGCAAUUGAUAAAGCAGAAUGAGCAAUCGAUAAAGCAAAAUGAGCAAUUAUAA